GCUAGAUGGCGCUCACUAUGCUCUGAUCAGCCCAGCAUAACGAUUGAUAAAGUACAAUACAAAGCAUAAAGUGAAUAACAAAAACUACAAGGAAACUAACUGGCAAGGAUAUAGCGGUGUACGAAACACAAGACUUUUAAGGGGCGCUAUGCUCGUCAGCUUUGUCUUACCUGAAUUUAGUCAGAAAUGAUUACUUCCGGGAUUUUUGCGCAUGCGCAUUAUGACCGGAAGCCUUGUUUGUUGACGUGUGAAUUUUAUUGAAGUAGUCUUCUUCAUAUGAUUUAGGACAUAAUGCACUGAAAAAAGUUCUUUCCCUACACAUUCUCUACUACAUCACAAAUAGACAACAUAUUGCCACGGAAGCUGUGACAACCAGCUUGGAAUGAGUAGUAGCUUUGUCUUAGUACCUCCAAGAAUGGCACAGGCCUGCAAGGAAUGUGGCUGCAACUGUAGCGCUUGUUCUGUAGCAGAUAAUAGCCUUGACCUUCACCAUAGGAUAGAGGAACUCACUCAACAGUUGAGAACAGCCAAUAGUCACAUGUCACAGAUGCAGCAGGAUUUUGACAAAAGCCGAGCAUACACAGAUUACGAGGUAUCCAAGGUUCAAGACGACCUGACAAAGUUACGAGAUCGUUAUGACAGAUUAUUUGAGGCAUAUAAAACAGUUCAGAAAGUCAACCAAAAUCUUGAAGAGAAGCUGCUUUCAAUUGUCAUCAAGUUUGAUGAUGAAAAGACUUCACUCCAGAAAGAUAUCACCGCAAUCCAGUCACGCUUGAUUGAUGCCAAGGUUUCAAUAUGUGAACUAGAAGAGGAAAAUGAGAAGUAUAGAACAGAUUGUAACGCAGCAGUCCAGCUACUCCAAUGUAAACCUUCAAACUUUGUGGCACACCGCUUGAACACUUUGCCUCUAGAUCUACAGGAGCGUGUAAAAUCUCAUAUGACUCGGGAACAAAUACUCAACCUUGAAGAUGACCCUAGGCAGGUUGAAACUAGAACUAUACGUCUUCCAAUGCCCACCUUUCCUCCAACAGCUAUGGUAUAUCAGAAAGUGCCUUCACAAAGUGAGGAGAUAAGGAACACUGAUACAGUUCCAAUGACGUUAAUAGCCAAAGUAUUGACUCAUCCAUCACCAAAGAGGAAACCACGAAGAUUGUAUGUUUGUCAAAAAUGUAAAGGAGAUUUUAUGGUGCUCGAUAAAGAAGUUCAGACUGUAGUUUCCAAUGUUUCAAAAUCAUCGGAAUAUCGGGAAUUUUACAAUAUUCACAGGAGUGGACGCACACGGCAGAACUCAAUUGAAACAGAGAUCUGAUAAUUUGAAUCAUGUUGUAAGAAAUGUAGAAAUGUCAUUUUAUGCCAACAUAUUUUAUUUUAAAAAAGCUCGCCUGUUUUCAAAAUGGCCACCACAUCCAAAACUGAAAAUAAUAUUUCAGCCCUGUUAGAUCAUUACUGACUACUCCAUAAAUUUGCAUGAAAUCGUACAAGUACAUGUACAUGUAUAUUGUACAAGUAUCUGGUUAACAGUAAUAUCUGCAAGUUUCACACUCUUUGAUAUGACACAA